AUGACGCUCCGGAUGGCAGCGUUUGCUUUGAUGGUGCAGCUGGUGUUCUCCCAGGACACAGAUGACAUUUGCCUGGCUGGGGGCAAUUGCUCAGAUGAUGCCUCCUUCCUCCAAAUGUCCAGUGGCCCACCAGCUUGCGAAUGGAAACUUUCAGCCGGAGGUGGCAGCUGCCAGCUGAAGUGCGCCGAGAAUGGCAAGGUCUGUGAUCCCGCGCAGCAGAGGGCUCUUCAGGGAGCUGCUUUGGUUGCACAGGUGGCUGCUCUUGGAUGGACGUGCAGCAACGCGCCCCUGAUGGCCAACGACGUGGUCAACAGCGACCUGGCUCCCUACAUCGUCGGCACGACCAUCAGCGGCACAACCGGGUCUUGCAAGUCAUCAGGUGCUGCCUCCGAUUCCAGGUGCGGCAGGAGGGGUGGCAGCAGCGUCAGGGUCUGCUGCUGCGUGCCCCAGGGGGGUAUCGACAAUGAUCCCCACGUUCACACUUUGAGGAACGAGUUCUACACGGUCCUGAAGAGCGGGAACUUUUUGGCAUGGAGCUUUUCCAAGGCGCCCGUGGAUUGGCGUCUUUAUGCUGCUUACUCAGGUCCCAGUGCCAAGUUCACCACUCAGGCCUUGUUGCUGGUGGACUCGCAGAGCGGGCAGACCUUGGAGUUCACGACAGACGCCUGCGCCUGGCAGAUGAAAACGGAGAACGGAUGGCGCCCGGUACAGCCACAGGUGCUGUCUAGCUUGGAAGUGGAGGAAGUGAGCACAGCGACCGACGAGCCCUUGAACUUGAAUGGAGUGCGCAACGUUGCCCGGCUGCUGACACACUGCAGCCCGCAGAAUCACGUGAACUUUUUGGUGAAGAUGUUUGACUCGAACGAUUUGGACUAUGCAGGAGGGGAGCUUGGAAGUAUUCAGGAUGCCACCAACGGCCAUGUGAGCUUCUUGUCUACAAAGCUUUCGUCGAUGGUCAUGAAGACAGAUGACGAGUUUGAGGUUCUUGGAACAUGGGCUUCCUUGGGUGGCAGUGAAGCCGCAGCGAAGUUCCUCGAGUCCAGACAGAAAGCUGGAGCGACGUUGCUGAGCACAAGCGGCGAGGGCUGCACCGAGGCGCGAGAGCAAGAAGCGGAGAAGAUUUGCGCCAAGCACCUCGAGAGGGAUGGCAUUCACGCAGAGAUCUUUAAGAACCUGG